AAUAAUUUAUUAUAAAAAAAAAUCCCCGAUCUUUUGAAAAUCACGUGAUCGGCUCCGAUCCCCGAUCACGUGAUCGGAUCGGGACAUCCCUAGGGGGAAGUGAAAGGAAAUGUGGUAAAUGUGGGAAAUCACAGCAUAGCAAGGAAGAAGGGUGUCCUGCAGCUAAAGUUACAUGCCACAAGUGCAAUAAAAUAAGACAUUGGGCCAGAGUGUGCCGAAACAGCACUAGAUCAGUGAAUGAGGUCACAGGGACUGUACAGGCUGAGCAGACCCAUUAUUUCUUAGGCUCAGUGUGCAGUGCAGAUGAGAAAGAGCAGUGGACAGUUCAGCUCCAGGUGGAUUCUACUCCAAUGGCAUUUCAAAUUGACACAGGAGCUGAUGUCAGCGUCUUAUGUGAGGAUGCAUUUCACACACUCACUCCACCAAAAACACUGAAACCAGCUGACAUCCCAUUAGACAGCCCAGGAGGUGAACUGUUGUGUCUGGGACGCUUUAAUGCUACAGUUAGUUACAUGGGAAAGAACUACCUAUUUGAAGCAUAUAGUCCGUGGCCAGAGUGUCAAUAACCUACUCAGCCGGGAUUUGUCAGUGGAGAUGAACCUGGUGAGGCGUGUUGAUGAAGUGAAAUUCACUACCAGUGAACACCUUCAAGCCUAUGGUGAGCAAAGCACACUAAAAACUGAACCUGUUAAAAUCCAAUGAAAUCAAAUCAAGUUUUAUUUAUAUAGCAGAUUUAUAAACGAUUUUUGGUCGAGCCAAAGUGCUGUACAUAUAAUAAAAAUAGCCUACAGUAGAGACACUUUACAGCAAAUACAACAGCACAGAUUGUUCAGAAUAUCAGUAUGAGAAAAACGACACCCUCUAUCCUUAGACCCUCACAUCGUACAAGGAAAAACUUCCAGAGAAAACCCACAGUUUAAGGGGAAAAAAUGGGAGAAACCUCAGGGAGAGCAACAGAGGAGGGAUCCCUCUCCCAGGAUGGUUGAGCCCCAAUUAAAGGAUGGGGCUCAACCAUAUGCAGUGCAUACAGCACGUCGUGUGCCCUUCCCAAUGUUACAGAUGGUAAAAGAGGAACUGCAGAGGAUGGAGAAGAACGGUGUCAUCGAGAAGGUAACACAGCCAACUGAAUGGUGUGCUCCUAUGGUGCCCGUUCUAAAGAAAACCACAGGCAAAGCCAGGAUCUACACGUGGACCUGAAAAGACUAAAUGAGUCAGUAAAAAGAGAGCGCUACAUCUUACCUACCUCUGAUGAAAUAACUGCAAAGCUAAGUGGUGCACUCUCUCGACGCUGCAAGUGGGUUCUGGAAAAUCCCACUGCACCCAGUCAGCUGUAAAUUAACAACCUUUAUAACACCGUUUAGCAGGUACUGUUUCAAAAGGUUACCUUUCGGGAUUUCCAGAGAUCUUCCAGCGGAAAAUGCUAGAAACUCUGCAGGGGCUGGAAGGCGUUGAAGUCUUCAUGGACGAUAUCCUGGUCUAUGGGACAUCAGCAGGCUUAAAACUUAAUAAAGAUAAAUGCUCCCUCAGACAAAGCCAGCUACGCUUUCUGGGACAUCUCAUCGACCAGUCAGGAGUCAGGCCCGACCCUGAUAAAGUUGAAGCCAUACAUCAGCUGGCUCCACCAGGAAAUGUCCAUGAGCUGAAAAGAGUCCUGGGCAUGGUGAACUACCUGGGUAGGUACGUUCCAAACCUUUCCACAAUAGGUCAACCACUGUACGAGCUUCUGAAGAGCAGGAACAUCUGGACCUGGGGUCACUCACAGCAGUCAGCUUUUGAGAACAUUAAGACAAUGCUGACCACGGCACCUGUUCUUGUCUUCUAUGAUGUGGCUAAAGCCACAGCGGUGUCUGCUGAUGCCAGUAGCUAUGGCCUGGGGGGGGUCCUCCUCCAGCUCCAUGAAGAGGAGUGGAAGCCAGUAGCCUACUGUUCGAGGCGUCUCACAGAAGCGGAGACACACUACGCCCAUAGAAAAUGAGUGCUUGGCUAGCGUAUGGGCCUGUGAGAAGUUUGACAAGUAUCUAUGUGGCUUGGAUCAGUUCAGGCUGGAGACCGACCACAAACCAUUAGUGCCACUGAUCAACAAACAAAGCCUAGAUAACGUCCCCUUGAGAAGAUGUCAGCGUCUACUAAUGAGGCUCAUGAGGUACAAACCUUUAGCAGAGCAUGUGCCUGGGAAGACCCUUGUUGUCGCCGACACACUGUCCCGAAGC